CCUCCCUGCCCUGUAGUCCUGAAUCUGACCCUGGUGGACCUCCCUGGCAUGACGAAGGUCCCGGUGGGUGACCAGCCGGUGGACAUUGAGUCUCAGAUCAGAGAGAUGUUGAUGCAGUUUGUCACUAAAGACAACUGUCUUCUGCUCGCUGUGUCCCCCGCCAACUCUGACCUGGCCAACUCUGAUGCUCUGAAGAUCGCCAAGGAGGUGGACCCGCAGGGUCUGAGGACCAUCGGUGUGAUCACCAAACUGGACCUGAUGGACGAAGGAACCGACGCCAGAGACAUUCUGGAGAACAAACUGCUGCCUCUACGCAGAGGUGAGGACAGACAACAGACACUACAGACACACUACAGACAGAAAGGACACACAGACCGUAGCUUCUCAGUGCAGCUAGGUGCCUUCUCCUCUGCCAAAGCCCCUCUUACCUGUGGGGUUCCCCAAGGCUCUUUCCUGGGUCCCAUCCUUUUUCUACUGGCUCAAUUAAACGCCUACAGCUAG